UUUCAAUUUUAAUAUUUAUUAAGUACAAAAUGUUCGAUUUGAGCGGUAAAAAUGUCGUCUAUGUUGGAGGCUUCAGCGGUAUUGGCUACCAAGUUUGCCAUAUGCUGAUGAAGAAGCAAAUAAGCCACCUGAUUGUGAUGGGUCGCAUGGAGAAUAUGGAGAUGAUGCAGAAGCUACAAGCGGAAAAUAGCUCAGUCAAUGUGAUGUUCGUUCACAUGAACCUGAUGGACCGCGUCAACAUGGAACAAGCUGUUAAACAAGUGAUGGGCGUCAUAAAACACAUCGAUGUUCUGAUUAAUGGUGCAGGCGUUUUGGCCGACAAGGACAUGGAAACCACAAUGGGCGUGAACUUGAUGGGCAUGAUGAAUAUGGUUUGGUUGAGUAUGCCGUACAUGGAUAAAACGCAAAUGGGUCAAGGCGGUAUUGUGAUGAAUAUUGCCUCCGUUUACGGUUUGGAACCGGCACCUGCCUUCCCAGUAUAUGCCGCUGCCAAGCACGGUGUCAUUGGUUUCACACGCUCAAUGGCGGACAAGCGUCAUUACCAACACACAGGUGUGGCUUUCAUUGUUGUAUGCCCUGGUCUUACUACCAGCGAAGCGAUGAUGAAUUUACGCGAGAAGUCGGUGAUGGGUCAGCAUUCAUAUGUUGGAGAGUUGGUAGAAGCGAUGGACAAAGCCAAACAGCAAUCACCUGAUGAGUGUGCGAUGAAUAUGGUCAAAGCGAUGGAGGUGAUGAAAAAUGGUGCUGUCUAUUUGUGCAACAUGGGUCAACUAAAGGAAGUGAUGCCAACCAACUAUUGGCAUAUGUAAAUUCGACGAUACCGCUGAUUCGGCAAAACAAUUAGAAUUCUCGAAAAAAAUUCAAAAAAGUAAGAGAUUUUCUAAAG